AUGCAAAAAUAAACUUAGUUGACCAAGUUUUUCUCAAAGAAAGCAUAAGAAUAGUAGUAAUCCCCUAUAAGAACCAAAUUCAAUUCAGAUGUAAGGUUAUUAGUAUAUAUUUUACUAGUUAUUCUUUUGUACUCCUCCUACAUAAGAAAUUUAAUGUAAGACAGAAAAUUACAGUAAUAAAAAGAAGGGUUCAAAUAAUUUAGAUAAUUGGAUUAGGAAAUCUUCCUUGUAACAAAAGAAGUGGUAUUUUUAUAUUACUAUAUAAAUAAAGGCCAUUUUUACCAAAAAAUUUGAUCUAUUAGAUUUACAAAUUUUUGCAAUUAAGAGAGUGCGCUACAUGUUCUUAAGUAUGCAAAUUUUGGAUGAUUUGUUAUAAUGAUAUCUAUUUUUCAUAUAGUUUUUUCAGGGAGUUCGAGACAUCAAGGUAAUUCUUAUAUUUUAAUAGUUUAAGAUUUAAUGAAAAGGAACUUGCUACUGUAUUGAAACGAUCAAGUAAACAAUUAAAGCACAUUAAGAAAGUACGAGAAAUGAUUAAAGGAUAAAAAAUCAGUUCAUUUUUAGAGAAAACAGAAUUAAGAACAAUGUUAUCUGAUAAUUCAUAACAAUAAGGAUCAUUAUUGGAAUUAUUUAAACUUGAACCAAAAAAACAAUAUACAUCAGUAUUUUUAACAGAUAAAGAUUUAAAUAGCAUUUGUACAGAGAGUUAGUAAUAAUUUUUUAUUUAAUUAUUUUAGUAAAUCACUCUAAUAUAUAUAAUUAAUAAGUUGUCAAUUUAUGACUGGAAAAGGAUUUGAAAUAAUUGGUAAAUGUACUCAAUUAAGUUUAAUAAAUAUCUAAAACAAUAGUAAUUUGAAGGAUGAAAAUAUUAAUGUUAUUUUAGAAUAAGUAUAAGGUCUCAAAACCUUAAUGAUAUUAAAAUGUGAUGGAUUAACUAAUAAUAUUUUUGAAAUAAUAGGAAAUACUUGUAAAAAGCUUGAAAGGCUUGAUAUUGGAUAGAAUCCUUAGUUGGAUUUAAUCAAAGUAAUUAAAAUGAUUAUUUAAUCUUUUUUAGUGUAGUUCUUUGAAGAAUAUUGGAACUUUGCAAUCAUUUUCAAUCAAAGAUAAUAUUGUAACUAAUGAAGCUUUAGAAAUAAUCAUUAGUAGUCUCUUUAAAUUGCAUAGUUUGAAUUUAGAAGGUUGCUAAGAAAUAAAUACUUAUUCUCUUUUGUAAAUUUAGAAAUUGCAUUUGUAAAGAAUAAAUUUGAAAAAAAUAUCAUUUAAAGAGGAGGGUAUUAUUUAAUUAUAAUAUGAUAGACAUCUAUAAUUUUAUUCUUAAUGCAAAGAGUAUUAAAUUAAUGCUUGUGAAUAAUAAUUUAUUGAGUACUCGUGUUGAAAAGAUUAUCCUAUCUAGAUAAUGA